GCUGAGGAGGCACACUGCAGGGCCACUGGCCAGGGAGGGGCCGGCACGGGGCCGGGGAGGGGGCGUCCAGGCCCCUGACCGUUUGCUGGAGGACUCCAGGUUUCCUGAGGACGGAGAGCAGAGCUGUCCCACCCGGCAGGAGGCGAGGAAGUUAAAAAUUAUUCAACGCGGAAUUCCUGGGCCGUGCUGCGGAGGCCGUUGUACCAGGCGAAGGGUUCCACCGCCUUCCGAGGCCAGUGGGGCCGAUAACGCGGCCCGGGGCCGCGGCCGCAGCCGGCGCCGUCUCCCCGGGAGCAGGGCCGGUACCUUCUUGCCCUUGGACUUCACAGCCAACAGCAGCCAGGGCCGGCAGACAGCCCCACCUGUGGCCUCGCUGGUUCGCGAGGGCCUUCCGUCCAUCACGCCGCAGCGCCGCUUCCUGCCGGCCCCUCCGCCUGGCCAGGCAGCGCCGCAGCCAGAGGGUCCGCUCCUGCAAGGGAAGACUCGCCUGGGACAGACAGAAUGCACAGCACUCCUUGCCCCUGAGGGGCGCCGGGCCCCACGGUCACCAUGGAGACAGGAGCCGGCUACCCCUGAAAACCCGAGCCCGAGACCCCAGGAGGCGCCCCUGCCCCGGCAGGAGGGGCCUGACCGCGUACCAGAUCCGGGGGCUGGGACCACAGGCUGCAAGAAGGUCCCACCGACGGGCGGGGGCAGCGUCUUCCCAGAGGUGCCCCCGCCUCGGUGCCCCCGCCCCUGCGGCCCACAGCCACGCCCGCUCCGUCCAGCGCCGGGGGCGGCACCCUCGGGCCCAGGCUGGGCCCAUGAGAGACCAAUGGAGAGCAGCCACGGGGACAGGCUCCUGUGUCAGCUGAGCCAGCUGGACCGCGAUGCAGACCCCCUGGAGGACACUGUCGCUGGCAAGCCCCGGGCCGCCCUCCUGGAGAGGCACCUGCUGGGGGGGGAGCAGCCACCCCCCAGCACGGGCUGCGGCCCUUUCUUCUACAUCGGGGGCACCAACGGGGCCUCAAUAAUCAGCUCCUACUGCAAGGGCAAGGGCUGGCAGCGCAUCCAGGACAGCCGGCGGGGCGACUACAGGCUCAAGUGGUGUGAGGUCAAGUGUCGGGACAGCUACGGCAGCUUCCGGGAAGGCGAGCAGCUGCUGUACCAGAUCCCCAACAACAGACUGCUCACCACCAAGAUCGGGCUCCUGAGCACCCUCAGGGAGCACUCGAGGGUCGUCAGCAGGACGUCGCCGAGCGCACAGGCCAAGUUCCUGAAAAUGGAAGAAUUUUUCCCAGAGACCUACCGUCUGGACAUCAAGGAGGAGAGAGAGGCAUUCUUCGCGCUCUUUGACGAGACCCAGACGUGGAUCUGCAAGCCCACUGCCUCCAACCAGGGCAAAGGCAUCUUUCUGCUCAGGAACCAGGAGGAAGUCGCCGCCCUCCAGGCCAAGAUCCAGAGCAUCGAGGAAGACCCCAGCCACCGCAAGAUGCCAUUCCGGGCGCCUCAGGCGCGCAUCGUGCAGAGGUACAUCCAGAACCCCCUGCUGCUGGACGGGAGGAAGUUUGACGUGCGCGCCUACCUGCUUGUCGCCUGCGCCGUGCCGUACAUGGUCUUCUUCGGCCACGGCUACGCACGCCUCACCCUCAACCCUUACGACCCCGGGUCCCAAGACCUGAGCAGCCACCUGACCAACCAGUUCAUGCAGAAGAAGAGCCCGCUGUACGUGCUGCUGAAGGAGGACACGGUGUGGAGCAUGGAGCAGCUCAAUCGCUACAUCAACAGCAAGUUCAGGGAGCCCAGGGGCCUGCCCAGCGACUGGGUCUUCACCACCUUCACGAAGCGGAUGCAGCAGGUCAUGGCCCACUGCUUCCUGGCCGCCAAGUCCAAGCUCGAGUGCAAGCUGGGCUACUUUGACCUCAUCGGCUGUGACUUUUUGAUUGAUGACAACUUCAAGGUGUGGCUGCUGGAGAUGAACUCCAACCCCGCCCUGCACACCAACUGCGAAGUCCUGAAGGAGGUGGUGCCCCGCGUGGUCGUGGAGACCCUGGACCUGGCGCUGGAGACCUUCCAGAAGAGCCUGCGCGGCCAGAAGAUGUUGCCGCUGCUGUCGCAGCGCCGCUUCGUGCUCUUGCUCAACGGCGAGACCGACGUGUGGCCGCGCCCGGGGAGCUCCCGCUACGUCCCCCGACCGCCGCCCCGGAUGGCCUGUGAGGCCGCGUCCGCCGCGCCCCAGACCCGCGCGGCAGACCAGCCGGGCGCGCGCAGGCCCAGGCCACCCCGCUCCGCGCAGGGGCACCCGCGGCCUCACUCCCCCGGCCCCGACGGCGCCCCGGCCAGCGAACGGCAGAGAGCAGAUAGCAGGGAGGCGGUGCGGGAGCCCUCCCCGGGAUCGGCCGGGGAGGACCGCGAGGGGCGCAGGAGCGAGGACCACCGCGGCUCCUAGCGGCCCUCCCCUGCGCCUUCCCAGGACCUAUAAAGGCUACUU